GACGAUUCGCUCCACGAAAUCAGAUCUCGAGCUCCGGGAAAUCAACAUUCUUGGUCCGUGACCAGCCCUUUCCCUUCGAAUUUCUUCCAAUCUUUAGUUAUAAAUGCUGGUCACUGGACAUGCAUCCGUAGAAGCGAGCCCCAUCGAGCUGAGUGCUCGCCCUUCGUGUCUUCGAAGAGAACCUUUAUCUUUCUACAGGCAUUCUUCUGAAGCCAUGGCAACUUCCCGUCUCUCGUUGGGACUUUUUCUUUUGUACUCGAUCUCCACUGGAAUCGCAACCGGCUGCGUUGUCAAGAUUCGGAACAGAUGUCCUUUCUCGGUGACUGCGUGCUCACAAACACAACAGCAAGACAUAGUUCAGUACGAUCUGAGAGCCGGAGCUUCGCAGACUGUUGACCUGGGUGCCACAUGCAUCUGGACCGCUGCAGUCGUCUAUGCUUCCGUGACAGGAAAAUGUGCCGUCACUGGAAUUCCUAACGCAGCCACUGACAGAAAUCUGGCCAACUUGGCUGAAUUCACAAUCGGCAGCAACGGACUGGACUUUUAUGACUUGAGUAACGUGAACGCAUACACGAUCGGCAUGACCAUCAGUCCUUCAAGUGAAAGUUGCAAAUCUGUAGGCUGUACUAUCGAUGACAUCAGCUCUUUUUGUCAGCCCAACAAUGUACUUCUCACUCAUCUCAGCGGCUCUCAAUCUUGCAUCAACACGGAUGGAACUGCUGGCAUAGGGCCUACGGACAGUACCAAAUUGUGGAAAAGCGCAUGUUAUGAUGCUUACAGCUAUAACUUUGACGAUGCUACUUCCACUUUCGUCUGCCCAACUGGCACCGAUUAUGAGGUCGCAUUUUGUCCUUAGAUACACUUGCAUUUUGGAGAUUCUUUGGAAUCAUUGAACGCAGUAAGUAGCGUAGAACCUGAACUCUUAGAGCUUUCGCAGGAUGGCCGACCUAGUUGCAACCGAGCUAGCAACCGAGUUGCAAAGGUUAUUAUCUGAACUUAGCAGCAUAGAACCUCUUGGAUAUAAUUUGCCCUUUCAGAUAUCGAAUAAACAUAUGGGUCGGUGCACUUCUUGAUAUGUUUUGUCCGGUCGGUGUCACCCGACAGGACUGAAAUAAACAAAAUCCAUGUUCUGGAAUG